GAUUUCAAGUGGUCGUCAGAACUAGAAGGAACAAUUUUAGCCGCGUAUAAUUUUGGUUUCAUAGCAUCACCAAUACUUGGUGGCUACAUAGCUGGACAUUUCGGAGGGAAACGUGUAAUAGCAUUAUCAUUACUUAUUGGUUCAUUAACAACCAUUUUAACUCCAGUGGCAGCACGUGCUAAUGAUGCCUUAUUAAUAUUCAUGAGAGCAUUGGCUGGUCUUGUCAUGGUAAGUAACCAAUGA